GACACCCACUGCCCUUAACAGAAAAAAUACUGCUGAGAAAAUGGUUUAACAGGACUCUCACCCUACCAGAAGUUCAGUGCAUUUUCCAGGAUUUUCAAGGCUUCGAUGCUGUCAUGUUGCGAGCCCACUAUCCACUUGUGUUUUUCCAUGAAUAAUGAAGAAAACGUGAGUAGUCAUGAAUCUAAUCAUUGAGUUUCUGAGAGCUUUGCUGAUUGAUCUUCCUACUCAAAACAAUCCUCAUUUCCUACAUUUCUGAAGAUCUCAAGAUCUGGACUACUGUUGAAGAAAUUUCCAGUAAGGUUCACUUAUAUCUUUAGAGAUGGCAAAUAACUACAAGAAAAUUGUUCUACUAAAAGGAUUGGAAGUCAUCAAUGAUUAUCAUUUUAGAAUUGUUAAGUCCUUACUGAGCAACGAUUUACAACUUAAUCCAAAAAUGAAAGAAGAGUAUGACAAAAUUCAGAUUGCCGACUUGAUGGAAGAAAAGUUCCCAGGUGAUGCUGGUUUGGGCAAACUAAUAGAAUUCUUCAAAGAAAUACCAGCACUGGGAGACCUUGCUGAAACUCUUAAAAGAGAAAAGUUAAAAGUUGUGAAUAAAAUUGAAUCCAUUCCAGUCAAAGGAACAACCCCAUCUAAAACGAGGAAACAGAAAGAAGUGGAUCCUGCUACACCUGCAUCCACUGCAAGCAACAGACUUACAGCUAAAGGAGCAGAGGAGACUCUUGGACCUCAGAAAAGAAGAAAACCAUCUGAAGAAGAGACUGGAACCAAAAGGAGUAAGAUGUCCAAAGAGCAGACUCAGCCUUCCUGCUCUGCAGAAGCCAGCAUGUCCACAGCCAUGGGCUGUUCCCCACCUCCCCAGACCUCAUCAUCAGCUCCACCCAACGCUUCCUCAACUGAGAGCCUAAAACCAUUGGCCAACCGUCAGGCAACUCCCAGUAAAAAUAUUUUCCCAAAAGACCCAAUGAUCGUGAUGGUACUAAGUGCAACAAAGAUAUUUAAAUAUGAAUUCUCAGAAAAUGAGCAAAGAAGAAUGUUUCAUGCUACAGUGGCUACGCAGACACAGUUCUUUCAUGUGAAGGUUUUAAACAUCAACUUGAAGGGGAAAUUCAUUAAAAAGAGAAUCAUCAUUAUAUCAAAUUAUUCUAAACAUAAUAGUCUCCUAGAGGUGAAUGAAGCCUCUUCUGUAUCUGAAGCUGGUCCUGACCAAAUGUUUGAGGUUCCAAAGGACAUCAUCAUAAGAGCAAAGAAAACUCCGAAGAUCAAUAUUCUUCACAAACAAACUUCAGGAUAUAUUGUAUAUGGAUUAUAUAUGCUACAUACGAAAAUUGUAAAUAGGAAGACAACAAUCUAUGAAAUUCAGGAUAAAACAGGAAGUAUGACUGUAGUAGGAAAAGGAGAAUGCCAUGAUAUCCCCUGUGAAAAAGGAGAUAAGCUUCAACUCUUCUGCUUUCGUCUGAGAAAGAGGGAAAAUAUGUCAAAACUGAUGUCAGAAAUGCAUAGUUUCAUCCAGAUACACAAAAAAACAAGCCAGAGAAGCCAUGACUCCAGGAGCAUGGCACUACCCCAGGAACGGAGUCAGCAUCCAAAACCUUCAGAGGCUGGCACAACCCUACCUGAAAGCCGUCCCAAGACUCCUCAGAUGCCGCCAACAACCCCAUCCAGCAGUUCCUUCACCAAGAAGGAUGAAGCCCGCCCAGGAGCACAGUCACCGCCUGCAAACUUUAGAAUCAUCUCACCAACUGCGGCCCCUCCUGUUUCUUCUGAUACUUUCACCAACCGCCAUCCAGCAGUUCCUUAAAUAAGGUCACCAAGGACAAGGAUAUCAAACAAAUACCGUUCAAUCUUUAUUCCAGUGUGGAAAUUUUGCCUGAAGUCCUCCACCUAAAAACCUGAUGCCACUGGUAAUGAUGUUUAUGAAGAUAAGAUUGAAGCACAGAAAAUAAUAUAUGUAUAUAUAUAUCUGGUUGAAAUAAUAUAUAUAUAUAUAUAUAUAUACACACCAGCUAUUAAUUCUAGGAAAUGGAGUAUUAAGGGUGCAUUUUAUUUCAUUAGUUUUACUUUUAUGCAUUUUCUUCAUAUCAUAUUUUGCAUUCAGAGUUUUCAUAAUUUGAAAAAAAAUAAAUUUUUUCUUU